GACAUGUUCCGCUGUGUCGGUAAGGUACUAAUCGACGUUGCACCAACACCGAUCACAGGUAACAUGGGGCAGGAGUGUUUCGGAGCUCAUCUCCGAAAUACUUUAUAAACUCAACAAAGUAAGUAUCUACGAGAGCAACCACGAUGCUGGUUGCAUACGUCUCGACAGCGACGCUUGUCCCAGUUUUCAAACCUCGUGCAACCGUCUUCCUUAGAGCAAGAUGGUACAGUACUCCUGCGGAACUUCCACUACCCAAUAAGUCGAAGGUGUGGAAGUCUGUCGACGAAGCAGUUAAAGAUGUGAAGUCAGGAGAUGUCCUUUUGUGUGGUGGUUUUGGUUUGGCCGGCGUGCCAGACACGCUGCUUUCCGCCUUGGUCAAGCGCAAGGACGUUACAAAGCUAACAGGAGUUUCCAAUAAUGCUGGCGCAGGCGAUUCCGGACUUGGAAAGUUGUUCAACAGCAAGCAGAUAGAUAAGGUCGUUGCUUCAUACCCUGGAGGAAACAAGGCCUUCGAGGCUCUAUAUCUCAAGGGCGAGGUGUCUUUGGAGCUAUGCCCCCAAGGUACACUCGUCGAGCGUCUCCGUGCCCAUGCCGCUGGUAUCCCAGCCUUCUUCACCCCUACUGGAGCGUCAACAGCAGUAGAGGAAGGUUCUAUCCCAACACGAUACAACGAAGGAGGAUUUGCCAAUGGAGUCAAGAUACCAGGUAUUAAGAAAGAAUCACGGGAAUUUGGAGGCCGCAAGUAUAUCAUGGAACCGGCCAUUGCUGGCGAUGUCGCUUUCGUUCGUGCAUGGAAAGUCGAUGAGGCUGGCAACUGCGUUUUUCGGUACACACAGCAGAAUUUUAGCACGGUCAUGGCGAAGAAUGCAAAACUCACGAUAGUGGAGGCGGAUCAAAUCGUGCCCACUGGCUCUCUUUCACCCAAUGCCAUUCACGUUCCUGGAAUUUAUGUCGAUCGGGUUGUUCAGUCCACCGCACCAAAGCAAAUAGAGCAUAUCAAGCUUGCGCCAAGCCCAUCAUCUUCUGCUGAACAGUCUACUCUGAGUGCUGAGAAAGAAUUCGCACAGAAGAUGCGUCAUCGUACUGCAAAGCGCGCCGCCAAGGAGCUCAAGGAUGGAUUCUACGUAAACCUCGGCAUUGGCAUACCUACUCUCAUUCCCGCGUACCUCGAACCCGGCGUGCGCGUUUGGCUGCAAAGCGAGAAUGGCAUUCUCGGCAUGGGGCCAUACCCUACGGCAGAGCAAGUGGAUCCGGAUCUCAUCAAUGCGGGUAAGGAGACUGUGACCUUGCUGCCGGGCGCCUCGGUUUUCGAUUCAAGUGAAUCAUUCGCUAUGAUUCGCGGUGGUCAUGUCGAUCUCUCCAUUCUUGGAGCUAUGCAAGUCUCGCAAGCCGGCGACAUCGCUAAUUUCAUGAUUCCUGGAAAACUGGUGAAAGGUAUCGGAGGCGCUAUGGAUCUGGUGUCUAACCCCGACAAAACAAAGGUUAUAGUUGUGAUGGAGCACUGUGCGAAGGACGGCAGUCCCAAGAUUUUGAAGGAAUGCAGUCUUCCGCUUACGGGUGCCCGUACUGUCAGCCAAAUUAUCACGGAAUUGGCCGUUUUCGACGUCGACAGGAAGAACGGUCACCUCGAGCUUGUUGAACUCCAGGAAGGCGUAACACUUGAAGAAGUCAAAGCGAAGACCGGCUGCGAUUUCAAAGUACGGAGCGAUCUGAGCAAGCUUUGAUCGCUCUCAGGUUUCGAGGUUAUUAUCAUCGAGCAAACAUUAUUACCAUCGUUUCCUUACAAAAAUUAUUUGUUACAGCACGUAUAUUGUUCUUAUACCACCUAGGUACUUCAAUGGGCGAGUUUAGUAGCUGUCUCCCAGCUGACAUUACCUCAUAUAAAGAUCCACCAUGCACGCUACCAUCUCUAUCGAAGAAAAAAUGCAGACAUCGGUCUCCACACUGCAAAAU